AUGGGUCAUCUUCUUCCUUUUCUUCAUUUCUCAAAGUUACUUGCACAAAAAGGUCACAAAAUCUCCUUCAUUUCAACACCAAGAAACAUUGACAGACUUCCCAAAUUACCACCAAACCUCUCUUUCUCCAUAACCUUCGUCUCUCUCCCUCUCUUUCCUUUCCCCAACUUACCUCCUUCCUCUGAAUCCUCCUUGAACGUGUCUUACAACAACCAACAAUCUCUCAAAUCCGCCUUCGAUCUUCUUCGGUUACCAUUAACAGAGUUUCUCCGAAGCUCAUCUCCGGAUUGGAUCAUAUACGACUACCCUUCUCACUGGCUUCCCUCAGUCGCGACGGAGCUCGGAUUCUCCUAA